AUGCCGCGAGGUGGCCUCAUUCGACACCUCUUCAAGCAUGGCUCACACGCAAAGUCCAGGUCCGAGGCACAGCCACCAAAGACAAAUGAAUCCGGAAAGCCCACAGCAAACACAUCCAAAAUCAUCCAGCGAGCCCCGUCACCGCCGCGGACACUCGAACCAAGUACCAUUCAAGUUCUUCCUGAGGUCGCCGAAGAAGAGCCUACUUCCGCAACUGCACCGUCUCCUGCGUCUUCGAGUACAGGUAGCACGGUAUCCGACCUUGCAUCCGUAAUAACUGUUUUCGCAGCGCACACGCCUGUGCCCGCUAUCGACUUCGCGACUCUCCCCGUGUGCGACCUCCUCUAUGCCGCCAUCGAUAAGGCCACAGCGGCAACAAAUGAGCACAUUGGUACACUGGAAACUACGGUGGCGCUACUUCUGACUAUCACAGGAUUCAGUGGAACGGUCGAGGUGCUAAGGCGGGAGAUGCAGGAUAGGAAGAGGGCGCGCGAGACUAAGAUUGUGGAGCUGGAGAGGUUCGACGAGGCCGUCGAAGGUAUGAGGCUUCCGGGUAUGGAGGAGAGACUGGGCAAAAACAAGGCGAAUGUGUCAGACGGCUGUUUGAGUCCGCAAUACUGA